CACAGAACAAGUUCUAGUUAGCAUUAAUCCACAAGAACCGCAGAAUAGAAAUUUGAUACAAUUGCCCUUACAUUCGUUUCUGCCUUCACAGAAUUAUAGGUAUUUUCUUUUUCAUUCUUUUUUGCCAUCUUAGGAACUAUUUUCCAAGUACAGAGAAAAAAAAGCGAACCACAAUAAAUAUUCCUUCUGGAAAAUUUCGGUCGCCAGACGACGACUUGCUUUUCAUUAAUCCAAAAUGACAUAAGUAUCCCUCAAAUCCCACGAAGAACUCUUCAAAACUGUUUCAUCUACUUCUUCCCCUCCUCACUUGUUACUAUUUCUACAGUAAACUCCUUAUUAACCCAAACCCAAAAAAUGAAAUCAUACAAAGGAUCAUCGGUUCUCGCUACCGAUCAUUACCCAUUCCUCUACAAACAACCAAUCUCCUCUCCACCCGCUUCUUUCCCUUCCACUACCCUCUCUUACCCGACCCGAAACCGAUUCUUAUCCACCCGGAUCCAAGCCCGAGUAAGCCACGACGAUCCGGUAGUAAAACAAUCGGAGGAUUUAAGCUUCUACGAUCUCCUUGGCGUCACGGAAUCUGUUACUCUCCCGGAGAUCAAACAAGCGUAUAAACAGCUUGCCCGAAAGUAUCAUCCCGAUGUUUCGCCUCCGGAUCGGGUCGAGGAAUACACAGAUCGGUUUAUUAGGGUUCAAGAAGCUUACGAGACUCUCUCGGAUCCUCGCCGGAGAGUUCUUUACGACAGAGAUUUGUCUAUGGGAUUCUCUUUUUCGUUCUCAGGUAGACGGAGGAGUCGAUACAAUGAGGAAGUGGAAGAAGAGAAGAGUGAGUGGAAGAAAAAAUGGCAAACUCAGCUCUCAGGACUAAAGGAAAGAAGCAAUCAAAGAAACAACAACUCAAUGUCUUGGGCGGCUAGAAUGCGCCGUCAACAUCACACGUCUGAAGAUUCUUCUUAACCCACUACCACCAUAUCCCGCCUCCUUAAUUUAUAGGUUUUUAAAUGGUUGCUGUGAUUGUCCAAAAAAAAGGUUGCUGUGAUACAGAAAGCAUAGCAUAAAUUACAAAUCUGUAUAUAUAUAAUCCUUUUGUGUACCUAUAACAAUCUGCAAGCACAUCAUAAACCCUAAUCACCAAAUAAGUUUAUUUUGUUUGCGAUUUCAAGUGUUGUUUUACAAUCGAAAUAUCUGAAUUAGAGUUGUGGCUGCUGCAUGUGUAAUAGUGAAUGAGUAUGACAAAAACAAAACAAAAUGGUUCGACCG